CUAGGAAUUGUGGUGCUUGGAAUAAACAGAGCUCAUGCCAAAAAUUCAUUCAGUAAAAAUCUUGUUAAAAUGCUCUCAAAAGCUGUGGAUGCUUUAAAAUCUGAUAAGAAAGUGCGGACCGUGAUAGUCAGGAGUGAAGUCCCAGGGAUAUUCUGUGCUGGUGCUGACCUUAAGGAAAGAGCCAAAAUGAAUCCUAGUGAAGUUGGUCCUUUUGUCUCCAAAAUAAGAGCAGUGAUUAAUGAAAUUGCGAAUCUACCAGUGCCGACGAUUGCUGCCAUCGACGGACUUGCUUUAGGUGGUGGGCUGGAGCUGGCCUUAGCAUGUGAUAUAAGAGUGGCAGCUUCCUCUGCAAAAAUGGGCCUGGUUGAAACAAAGCUGGCAAUUAUUCCCGGUGGAGGGGGAACACAGCGCCUGCCUCGCGCCAUCGGGAUGUCCCUGGCCAAAGAGCUUAUCUUCUCUGCCCGGGUGCUGGAUGGCCAGGAAGCCAAGGCAGUGGGCUUGGUCAGCCACGUUCUGGAACAGAACCCGGGGGGCGAUGCAGCCUAUAGAAAGGCCUUGGACCUGGCGAAAGAGUUCUUGCCUCAGGGACCUGUUGCAAUGCGAGUGGCAAAAUUAGCAAUUAAUCAAGGGAUGGAGGUGGAUUUAGUAACAGGGUUAGCCAUAGAAGAAGCUUGUUAUGCUCAGACCAUUCCAACAAAAGACAGACUUGAAGGUCUUCUGGCGUUUAAGGAGAAAAGACCCCCUCGCUAUAAAGGGGAGUAAAGCGAGCACCGUCUCUAAAAUGCCAGCGUGGCAGGUGUGCUUCGGGGGGGCCUUUCAGAUCCACGAAGGGCUCAGCGCCUGGAACCCACGACCAAAGCGGAGGGUGGUGGCCGUGCAGUGAGUUACACAUCUGGAGUCGUCGAAUGUUCCGUGUCCCACUGUGUGAUGCCCCGUCCAUUCAGAUUUAUCGAGCUAGCAGUGUGUGCGCCAAAACACAGACUAAAGUAGGUAGAUGUUUUAAAAUUCUUCCUGCGUAUGAAGCUUUCUGUUCUUAAUUUUUAAUGUGAAUAAUUUAUAUAUUGCACUCUAGGAAAGAAUGUUGAUUGUAUGUCUACUGUGCUGCAAUAUGAAAAUAAAAUUAUUUCUAUAUACCAAAAA